UUCCUUUACAUGCGAAGUACGAAGUUAUACUUAUGCAUAUACACUUGCGGUGCUUCCGUUUGCCUUCUAUUUUUUCCUUAUUGUCGCAUCUGCACGAUUUGUUGGUUAUUUUUGUUUUUUAGGAAAACGCCCGUGCGACUUUGUUAUUAUGUAUAUCUAUACUGGUAGAUCACGUGGGAAAAGUAAAUAUAUACACUUUAAUGUCGAUUGUCAAUGCACACUUCUUCUAAUAACUCCACCUCUAUAUAAGCACUAGGGACGAGAAGUUCAAACACGUAACUAGAUCGCUCAAAUUUCCCCUUGCAAUAACAAAAAAAUAGGUUCGCGACAAUCCCAAACGUUGGCAGCACUCACGUUCGAACCGGCACUAUCAAUUAUAGGCAGUUGACCGAUUCUUACAGUUGAGUCGUAUAUAGUUAUAAGCAUAUCUAUACAGCACUGAUAAAAGCCAUCUCCGGCCUCCGCGCACAGUUCGCAAACGCAUUUUUACAAUACUUAACAAAGCCAGCCAACAAUGGACGCGACCGAAAGGAAGGCCAGAAACAGCCGUUCGUCGAAAAGUAACAAGCGUCAACGCGCCAACUCAGCCGACGACGAAGAGACCUGGUGCACCUGGACGCCGAGUGCCCUGAGCCUCCAGCACAAGAAAAUCGGCGAAGCUCUUUACUCUCCCGUUUACCACUCGAACGAGAGCAGCGAGCACCUGCAGUGGCGUAUAUUGCUGUUCCCACGCGGAUGCGAGCACGAGAGUCGCGACUACUUUUCGCUCUUCCUCGAACUGCUCACCGAGUCCCGUGACUACACAGUCCACGCGAACUUCGCGUUCUACCUGCGGGGCAACAAUAGCAAAGAACUCACUCACAGGCUGAGCAGUGAGCACGUAUUCAGCGUCGAUGAUCGAACCUGCGGUUUCACCAAGUACCUGCGCAGGAGUGACAUGCUGAACGGUUUCCACAGUGUGCUGUGUCACAUUCGUGCGAAGAAGAUCUACCGCAGCAACAACAGCAACAGCAGCAGCGUCGUCGACGAUGAGAAUGUGGAAGAUGAGUCUACAGUUUAUUCGUUGCAGCAGCGCGACCACAUUUUCAUGACCAGUUCGCAGCUCCAAGACUCGAGAGUAAAGGUCGCCGUGGAUAUGGAGAGCGCGAUCGACAACGGCGCUUUCAGCGACGUGGAGCUCGUCGCCGGAGGUAAAGUUUUCAAUGCACACAGGAUCAUACUGGCUAUGAGGAGUCAUGUUUUUGCAUCUAUGUUGGAGAACGAUGGAGAGAGAAUCGAGUUCCAGGACAUCAAUGAACUGAUCUUGAAGGAGAUGCUCAGGUUCAUCUAUACGGGUUCGGUGUCCUCUGUGACAGGAAAGCUCAUGGUCGCUGCAAACACCUAUGGCCUGCAGGAUUUGCAUCUGCUGUGCCAACAAGAGCUGACCAAAAGUAUCUGUGUACAGAAUGCCGGAAACAUUUUAAUCUUGGCUGAUCAGGCUCAGGGGAACCAGCUCAAGCUGGACGCUAUGCGCUUCAUUACUCAUCAUGCAAAUGAAGUCAUUAAAACUGCUGCCUACAAGCGAAUGGUAGAUUCGCACCUGCACUUGAUCGAAGAGCUCUAUCGGUUUGAGCAUACUCCAAUGGAUAUACCCCAUCAUGAUCAGUGUCAUCAGGAUUCAGAAUAUCAAUCAAGUUACUUUUGUUAGUUAUUGUGUGAAUGUUUAAAUAUUUGAAAUGUUAUUAAGUGUGUCAUUUGCAAAUAUGUGUUUAUACAUAAAAUUAGUUACUAUAUGCUA